UCAGCAGCCUGAUAAUUGCCAAGGUUUGAUCUGAUGUCAUUCAAACCAGUGAAUGCUGAGCGGAAACAAUGGAUUCGAUAACAGAAAAGGUAUGUGGCCCGUACGGGGAUCGAACCCGCGACCUUGGCGUUAUUAGCACCACGCUCUAACCAACUGAGCUAACCGGCCAUGGAGAUUCCUGGUUGUGACGUCAUCAAAUCUGUAAAUGAAACUCAACAAAUGGAAAGUGAAAGUUAACUGAGCCGACAGCUGAAACAACGCCUCACUCACGUGCUGCAGAGCCGUCACAUUCCUAAAUCAGGAUGUCGGUGCACUUCUCAGGAUGGGAGGUGGUCGACGAUGGUGCUUCUUUUCCUGGCGUGGAGCUGGCGCCCUCCCAGAAACCCCAAAAACGAGGCGUCUACACCAUGUACCAUGGGACCAACGUCGCCAGUGCACGGAUCAUCAUUGCCAAUGGUUUUAAGCCGUCGUCAGGUGGCAUGCUGGGAAAGGGUGUGUAUGUCAGUCGUGAUAAGAAAAAAGCAUCUGCUUAUCCCCGUAAUGCUCAAAAUUCAGACCGUGUGAUCUUUGAGUUACGCGUGCGCCCUGGACGUGUCAAGCGUAUUGACAAGGACAACCAUCCUCUGCAGUUAAACUGGCAUUCACAUGGCUAUGACACUGCCUGGGUGCCCCCCAACUGUGGCAUGAAAUCUGUGCCCAGCGGCCUUGAAGAGGAUUGCGUGUUUGAUCCCAAAAGAGUAGAGGUGGUCGGCAUCGCACAGGCACCAAACAACACCGUGCUGAAAGAACUUCAGCAGCUUCUGGCCCAGAAGUCCAAGGGACGUGGGGGAAGAGGCGAUGGGGCCGCAGAUGUGUGUUCCCUGUGCAAGAGAAACACCCAGCAGGGCUCUCCACACAUCAAGCAACCGUGUUGGGAUUGUGGGAAAAACAUCUGCAUUCUCAUGACCAAGCAUGUCUGUCCAGGCAAACCCUGACCGGGGCGAUGGGAGAAGAGAGCGUGUGAACAGAGCUCAGAGGAUCCAUACGGCCUCGCAUGUGCUGGAGACUGGUGUUGAUUAGAGCAUCAGUUCUUAACUCAUGAUGUAAUCACACUUGGUAAACAGGGAUCAUCGUCUCAAUCUUAUUGUUUUCGUAAAGAAAUGGAGAAAUGGUAUUGGUGCAACACGUUAUAUUAGUUACAGUUUUGUUUGUUGUUUUGGAGGACAUCAGUGAGUGAUCUACAAAGUCUUCUUGACGAACUGACACCAUAAACCUUUAAGUGUAUGACAAUCUUUACCCCAUCAUGUCAACCUUGUCAAGUCCCAUGGUGCAUUACAAUCUGUUUCGUCUCAUCUGCCAUGUUCUCAUUCACUGAUUUAAAAAAAAAGUUUACGGUAAUGUUAAUUUGUUAUGUCUGCUGCUGUCUAUUCUCUGAUCAGCAGGCAUUAUGAUCACAGACAGUCAAUUUGAAACACUAUAUGUAAUGCUUUUUUUAAAGAUGAAUUUACCUAAUGCCUGAUAACAUGCAGGAUUUUGAUUUACCGGGAUGAACUAAAUGUACUUAACACUUGAUGAUGUAACAGAACCAAAGCCAUUAAAUGUCAUUGUGAUAUCAUCAGA